AUGGGCUCAGGGGGCGACAUGGCAGUUACGUUCACCGCUGAAAAGAAGGACACCGGCGAGGAGGAAGUCGCUGCUAACAUGCCGGAGCACAAGGAGCGGAGUGCAGUUCGUGUCAUUGUGCGUGUCCGUCCCUUGUCAACAGUAGAACACGCGGAUCCCUCCGUGAAGAACGUCUUGCAAUGCCUCAAGGAUGGAAUUGUCGUUCACUGUGUCUUGAAUAGGUCGUCGUCUCGCUAUUUUGGUGCCCGUCAUGCCCAACCACGGCCACAGUACUUCAAAGUUGACGAGGUGUUCCAUCCGUACAGUACACAGAUUGAGGUUUAUGAAUCCUGUCGUAGUAUCGUGGCCGGUGUAUUUGAUGGCAUUAACGGCUCUAUUCUUGCUUAUGGUGCAACGGGUUCGGGCAAGACACACACCAUGUUUGGCGGUAGCAUGAGCGCGGCAGGUGUGAUAUACCAGGCUAUGCAGGACAUUCUGGAAGAGAGGGAGCGACUGGAGGUUGAAGAUCAAAAAGUAGUCACGGUGCGUUGCACCUUCCUUGAAGUUUACAAUGAGGAGGUCUUUGACCUGCUGGUUCCGUCAAAUCCCCAUGGAAAACGGACACCGUUGAAGGUGCAGGACUUUGGCCAGGAUGAUGGUAUCAAAGACGGAGGGAAGAGUGGGCCUAAUCCUGAGAGCCUUAUCGUGAAGGGUCUCACGCAAGUUACACCUCAGACGGCGGAGGAAUUUGCCAAAUUUGUGGAAAAUGGUCAUGCAAAUAGAUUUGUAGCGUCUACAGUCGCGAAUGCCCACUCAAGCCGCUCACAUGCAAUUCUCACCGUAGAAGUGGAGGUAAAGGACAUCGUGAAUGCGUCCGUUGGUACUGUGGGUCGUGUUCGUUUCUGUGAUUUGGCAGGCUCAGAGCGAGCUGCUGGUACGACUAACAGUGGCAUUCGCCUACAAGAGGGCGGAAACAUCAACCGAUCCCUUCUAGCACUUGGCGCCGUGGUUCAGGCCUUGGCACAUCGCAAGAAGUUCCCGAAUCAGUCGAAUUAUAUUCCUUAUCGAGGCUCUAAGCUAACGCGUUUGUUGCGGGAUUGCCUAGGGGGGAACUGUUGCACUUUAAUGCUCUUCUGCGUCAGCCCAAGUAGCAUGAUGUACGAAGAGACCGUUAACACCAUGCUUUUUGCGAUGCGGGCAAAGGAGAUUCAAUUCUUUGCCACACGUCACGAAUUCCGUGCUAAUCCGAAGGAAGUAGCCAAGAACCAAGAGGCACUGAUCGAAGAUCUUCGUUUUGAAUUGGCACAGGCACGUGAGGAGCUGCAGCGUUUGCGAGGGUGCAGUCCCGGCGCCAACUUCAACCGGGGCCUAUGGUCCCGACAAAACUCGCAGGCGCCCGUGGAUCCUCCAUCUCCGGAGCAGUUUGCAUCACCCAGUAAGGGCGACACACUCAUUUUAUUUCCUGCAACGACAGUUGGAAGAGGAACGGACGUUCGAACGGAGAUAUCCGAUGCAUCGCCUGGACAGACUCAGUAUGCUAGUCGUUUCUCUACUCGAAUGACAUUGACAUCGGAAGGAUCCGACGCAUACACGGAACUGCAGAAGAAACUGAAACGUUUUUCGGUGGCGAAGGAGCAACUCUACCGAGAGAUGCGGGACGCGCAGGAAGCCAACAGUGAGCUUGACAUCCGACUCCGGAAGCACAAGUGGAAGCUUGCCCGGUUCCUUUCCACUCGACGAAAGAACGCCUCUGGAGACACCAAUGGGGAAAGAAUGAUGCCUGUGGGUGUGGCAGGUUUAAGAAUUGCCAUUGAGAAGAUGGAGGUGGAAUCCGUUGAGCAAGGAGGGAAAAUGGAACGGCUUUUAGAAAAAAUGAACGAGACCGAUCGUACCAUUGCUGGAAUUUGCAAGGAGCUAUUGCGGGAAAAACAACACCCGCUUCUUGAGCUUUUGAUGGAUAAAGUGAGGGUGCAGCAAAGUUGCACUGAGGCGGAGUGCCUCGCGGCCCACUACCACCAGGAAUGUCGCUCGAUCAUGAACCGUGAAGAAGAGUACGCGCAGGCGCUGAGUGUAUGCGUUUCUGUUAUACGCCACAUGCUUCCGUUAGCCUCUAAUGUUCCAGCCAUUCGGGAGGAGGCUCAGCUGGCGCUCAUGUUUGCUAAUCUCCCCUCUCUUUCUACGACCGACAUGAUUUCCGUCUUUGAGAGAUCCAUGCAUACAGGGAAUGUCCCAUCCACAUCUCUUCUUGAUUCGCAGCGGGCAUUCUCAUUUGUGGAAACCGUAGAGGCACGCCUACAGCGCCUAGUGGAGGACCAUGAAAAAAGGAAUCCUGCAGCACGUCAGCCGCUCCAACGUCGAUUACAGCAGCAGAGCAAGGGAACGUCCUCCAGCAAAGUCUUUGGAAGAAUCGCCAGUCAAGGAAAAGGCCGUACGCAGAUGCCGACGAGGCCACCACGUUUGGGCCAGGAGACACUUUUUGCCCAGCAAGGCACAACAUCGUUGCGUCAAUCGGCAUCGAGUGAAUCUACGGCGCGGAAAAAGUCGUUAGGUUUUAAUUCAACAGCCUCCGUGAAUGAGAAAAAAGUCAAGUUUGUGGAAUUUACAAAGAACACGGUGCCAAUUGUCCCCCCACAGCAACCACAACGCCGCAACGGCAGUAGCAAAGUUAAUUCCGUGACGAGAUCCACAUCAAGGUCUAUGAAAGCAGCUACGAUGCCGGCUAAGUUUGGUCGUUCACACACCGCAACGGAGGCUCUGCACAUCAACAGGCCCAACACUGGCAGUAUAUCGCCAUUUCUAACUCGGGUAAACAUUCAAGAGCGAUUUCAAAAGCCACGAAACUCGCCAUCACCAAACCGUGCUGUUCCCUCCCGAAAGGACAACGACACCAAAAUGCCGUUGCGGCAGAACCAUGUAGCGUUUCAGGUGCCUGAUAAUGGACGAGCUUUGAGUGUUCCGCAUGAGCGACUGAAGAAAAGCGAUCUUGAGGAGCGAUUUACGAGGCUUCUCACCGAAGUACAGCAGUGGAAGAAUGACAAUGCCGCCGCAAGGAGCAACCAUACACCAAAAAAAGCGGCCAAUGGCAACGAACGGAGAACUAUGCGCGAGGCUCGAGUUAUAGACUAUGCUCAUGCGUGA